AUGAAACGCCAACCGGUCGAGUCGCUCGUUUACGAGUACAUGUUUCCAAAGCCCCGACAGUCGGAUCCACAAAACUUCCACGCCCUGCUUCAGCGAUUUCUCAUUCUUGAAGUUCGCCAAGAGACACAUGCGUUUUACGGUCACCUCGACACACACGAAGCGAAAUACCCCGGCUUCGACUACACGCAUCGCAUCCACCGCAUUCGCCUGGGUAGAUGGCCAUGGCACCGUCGCCUCUUUCGGGCCUUUGACGGCCUCCGCCUAACAAACGCUGAGAUCUCGGGGUUGACAAAGUGGGAAGGCACGAAGUGGGCCAAAGAGCGUUUCGAGCGAGACCAGGGCAUUCAAAUUCGGGAUACUACGGCUGACGGGCUUCCAAACUACGCCGACCCCAACGAUCCGUAUUGCGCCCAGUCUCUGCGUGCUCAGUCUGAGGAGACAGAAGAACCGGUAGAAGCUGAAGAAGACGGUCUAGAAGAGAACGAAGUGGAGGAAGAGGAGGAAAGCGAGGACGAGUUGGAAAGUGUUGGUGUGGCUUUGAACGAGCGGCUUCGUCAACGCGUUGCGAUGCGGACAGUAUCAGGGGAUAACUCGGUGCCCCUCGACGAGGAAUGGGAGAACUGGCUAAAGCUUGCCAUAGAAUCCGGCGAGUUGCCUCGUGUGGCAGACCAAAUUGCCAGGUUCCCGGGUCACCACACCACGCUCACUGCCGACGAUAUCUUCCCACCGCGCAUGGUGGCUGCUGCGAGGGCGAACCGUUGGGACGAGAUCCCCGAUUUCUUACACGACAUGAUCCGGCAAGCCCUUAGAUCCAGCCGAAGACCGGCCCAAACAUCCACGACAGCCAGUGCUACUUCGCGCCCGUCAAUCAGAUACUCAAAUGUUCUCAACACCUUUACAAGAGCAAACGUACACCCCGCCUACGGCGAGCCCCUACCUACCGCUAGCGGUACUACUCGCACUCCCAGCGCCAACAUUAGCAGCAGCGCGAAUAGUGGCAGCGCCACAUCCAGCGGCCGGCAUCGCCGACAAACAGCACCAUCCGAGCCCCGGCCCCAGCAGACGGCUCAAUCAAACGCGUGA